AUGAAUGAAACGAAUAAAGGUGGAAAAGAAGGGAAUAAUAGGAACAAUAAAGGGAGUUCAUUAUAUAACAAUAGCAAUAAUAAUAACAGUGUGAAUACUUAUUAUCAUAAUAGAAAUGAUCUAAACAAUAGUUUAUAUACUAUUCCGAAUUACAUGAGCUAUAAUAUACCCAAUGGUGCUAUAAACAAUCUACAGAAUUUUAAUGUUACUAAUAGUGUUCAGAGUAGCUACCAAAAUAGUAGUUAUAUAAGUAGUUACAGAACGAACAACUACUUUUAUAGUAAGAAUGAUAACUACUAUCAAAAUGUGAAUAACUCUUCCAAUAGCUUAAAUUAUAACUGCCUAAAUAUGUAUGGCGGUGGUUACAACUACAGUAGCACUAGUAAUAGUAACAGUAACAGUGGGAAGUGCGAACUGGGGGCUGGAGGGAAGGAAGAGAGCAGCAGUAAUAACAACAACAUGUUCUACUAUAUGAAUAAUAAUAAUAAUAAUAAUAAUAAUAAUAAUAAUAAUAAUAAUAAUAAUAAUAAUAGUAAUAGUAAUAGUAAUAGUAAUAGUAAUAAUAAUAGCAAUAAUAAUAAUAAUAAUAAUAGUACUACUAAUAAUAGUAGUACUAAGAAUAAUAGUAGUACUACUAAUAAUAGUAGUAUUAACAGUAAUAUUCAUGAAGAUGGGAAUAAUCAUAACUAUGUAGAACUGUACAUCAAUAAGGUAAAAGAAAUAUACUAUUUUCAUGUUUUUUAUCAUUAUCUUAAACUAGGGUACCCUGAAAAAGAAGCUGCAAUGGAAUCAAAAAAGUAUAUAUUUGUAACUUUAAAUAGAUAUUUUUUGCUAGUAAAAAAUGCUAUAUUAUCAUCACCUGAAUCGAUAAAACAAAUAAAUAAUUGUGUAUCGUCCAAUUUGUUGUAUUAUCAACAACAAACAAACUUACAACAGUAUUUACUACAACAACAAAGUAGUUUUCAAAAUAUGACUUGUCAAAAAUUAAAUUUAUAUGAUCAAAUGAAUUUAAAUAUUGGUAACAUUAAUUUACCCCUGACUGAUCAUAAGAAGUUGUCAAACUUGUCCAUGUUAAACGGCGGUGAUAUGAGCAGUAACAAUGAUAGUAGUGUCAAUAACAAUGGUAAUACUACCAAUUACAGUAGUAGCAGUACUAAUAAGAAUUCACUGAAUUAUGACCAUGCUUAUUCUUCAAGUAAUACGAAGGACAAUGAGAAUAAAGAGAGCUGUAGUAAGUUGAACAAUUUGUAUAAUUUUAAAGCGGAAAAAAUUAGUAAUAUGAUUGAUUCAAUUGAGGAAAUGAAGAAGUUAAAUAAAAAUAAGAAAGAGAGGAAAACUUUUUCUGAUUUUCCUCCACCUGAACAGUCAGGCGAUUUGCAAAACAUCUCGUUUGGAAAUAGUAUCAAUAAUGACAGCAAUAAUAAUAGAAGUUUUAAUAACAAUCAUUAUAACAGUAGUAAGAACAAAGAGUUCACUCAAAAUAAUAAUGAAGAAGUAAAAAAAAAAAUUAGUUUUACUAUAAAUAAAUCAAAAAAUAAAAUUUUCCAAACGUAUAACAAACCGUCAAAUGAUCAGAACCACAAAACUAUCAAUGAGGCUGUAAGUGAAGUCAGUGAUUUGAGUGAAGAAAAUAAAAAUAAUGAAAAGGAAAAAGAAAAAAAUAUGUUUUCUCCUGGUUAUGUACAGGAUGAAAACAGUUUAGCCAACACCGAAUUUAGAGGUAUGUUUACUUUUGAAAGAAGAGACAACAAAAGCAAUAAGAGCAGUAGGGAUGUGUUAAAUAGCACUAUAAAGAAUGACCAUAAAAAUGUGAGCAUGGACAAUGUAGCAGGUAGUGCAGUAAAUAGUGCAGCAAAUAGUGCAGUAAAUAGUGCAGCAAAUAGUGCAGUAAAUAGUGCAGCAAAUAGUGCAGCAAAUAGUGCAGUCAGCAGUGCCGUAAACAAUGUAGUGAACAAUGUUAUGAACAAUGGUGUGAAAAAAGCAAAUGAUUUUUUUUACAUGAAUAACAGUGCGAGUGAUAAGAAUCAUGUACCUUAUGAUGGCGCCUUCGUUACGAAUAGUAGAAGUCUUAAUAAUAAUAAUAGUUAUAAUAAUAAUAGUUAUAACAAUAGUAGUUAUAACAAUAGUAGUUAUAACAAUAGUAGUUAUAACAAUAGUAGUUAUAACAAUAGUAGUUAUAACAAUAGUAGUAAUAAUAAUAAUAGUAAUAAUAAUAAUAGUAAUAAUAAUGGUAAAGAAAAUAGAGCAGAUGUUUUUUCAAAUAUUAAUGUGUCCCACAAUUUUAGAGGAGAAGAAUAUAUAGGGAACAACAAUCACAGCUAUAAUAAUAAAGUUAAGAAUAUGACGAACAUGUACAACAUGAAUAAUACCCCAAAUGUUAUGAAUAAAAGUGCAAGGAAUUUGAAUAAUUUUUCUAAUGUUACUACGCCGAAUAACGGAACUGCUUUGAGCAAGGGAAAUUUCAACCAUGGGAUAAGCAGAUUUAAUUUUACGAAGAGUAGCGGUAAUAGUAACCACAAAAAUAUAAACAACAAUAAUAAUGAUAAUUAUAAUAAUGAUAAUUAUAAUAAUGAUAAUUAUAAUAAUGAUAAUUAUAGUAACGAUAAUUAUAGUAACGAUAAUUAUAACAAUGAUAGUUAUAACAAUGAUAGUUAUAACAAUGAUAGUUAUAAAAAUAAUAGUUAUAAAAAUAAUAGUUAUAAAAAUAAUAAUAAUAAUUAUAAUAGAGUCGAAAGUUAUGAGGAUAAUAAUGAAAAAAAUAGCCAUGUUAGAGUUCAUUAUGGUGCUUAUAAUGGCGGAAUAAACGACGAUAACAUUAAUAGUAAUAAUAAUGGCGUUAGUAAUAACCACAUGAAUAAAAGCAAUGGAAUUAAUUAUAGAUCUCAUUUUAAGGAUAAAUUUGCGUAUGAAAAUAAGCCAAGGAAUAAAGAAGAGAAGUGGGGGAAUGAAGAGGAUGUAGAGUUUGAUAAGUCAGGAAAUGAAUACAACUCUGAAGAUUAUGUAAAAGAAGAUGAAGACACAGAAGAAAUAAUGAUUUACAAUAAUAACAAAGAAGCGAAUAAUAGAUAUGGAGCAUUUAAAAAUAGAGACAACAAAACAAAUAGAACAUCAAAUAUAGAAAAAUUUCAUAGUAACAAUAUUGAAAUAACAAAUAGAUGUGAUAAUUUUAAAACAUAUAUAAAUAAUUUAAAUGACCAUUUUAGAGAACAGUGCAAAAAUAAAGAAUUUUUAAAGUGUUUAAAGGCAUUUACAAAUAAAUUAUUUACUCUGAAAAAAAAAAGAAUAAUUAGAUCCAACUUUUGGAUGAAUAAUAUUUUUCCAACAAAGGAGGAUGUGCUCUCCAUGGACGUGUAUUUCUUCUCCCAUCAAAAAAGGUUGAAAAGAAAAUUGGGUUAUGCACUCGACCUGGACAACGAUAUAAUUGGUAGCAGUUUAAAUGACAAGAAAAUGAAACUAAGUUCACAAGAAAUUGAAAGAAGAGAAAAAAGAAAGGAAAGAUGUUACGAUAUUGGAAAAAAUAAAAGGAACGAAUUAAACGAAAAUGUUUUUUACAUUGAUGUGAAGGGGGAAAAAGGAAGUGAAGAAUACAAAAAUCUUGAGAUGUUAAUGGAUAAAUACAACUACUCUAAUUGUUAUAAGAAUAAAAAUUUUGUUGGCGAGUGCAAGAAUAUUCAAAAAUUCUUUUUCAGACUAACCUCCUUGCCGGAGCGCAAAAAUGUAAGAAGCUUUUCUGUUUUGAAAUGCACGUACGCAUAUAUUUUAUAUAAAUACAAUGUAGACAAGAAUUAUAAGUAUGUUAAUGAGCAAUUCAGGUCAUUACGACAAGAUUUGAAUAUACAGAAUAUUUUUCAUGACGAUGUUAUAAACAUCUAUGAAACGAACAUUCGUAUUUGUAUAGUAAACAAUGAUCUGUUUCAGUUUCUUCAGUGUAUCAACAAAUUGUUUGAAUUGUACCAGAGGCUCAACAUAAAAAAGUCAAAGAUCGAGUUUCUGUGCUACAAGCUUAUUUAUUUAACGCUGCAAAACAUGCAUCAAGAAUUUUUAAUAGAAUAUUUAACUCUAACCGAAGAAGAGAAAAAUCAUGCUAAUAUACAGUUGUGUUAUUAUUUAAAUGAAUGUAUUAAAAAUAAAAUGUAUUUAAUUAAUAUUAAUAUGAUAUCACCCUUAGAUGAUGAACAAAAUCAUGAAUACAUAUAUUACAGAAUAUAUGUAAAUGAUCAUAUAUUAACAUAUUUGCCUAUUUUAAUGUCAAUAAGUGAAAAUUCUGAUCUAAAUGUAAAUGUCGAUUCGUUAGUUAGCUUUGUAAAAAAUCAUAGUGUUAUUCAGAAUUUUGAGAAUACAAAGAAUGAAGAAAAUAUAUUGGAAAAAAAUGAAAUAAGUAAAAUGCCAUAUUUGACAAAUUAUUUAAUUGUUUUAUUCUUGCCCAAGUAUAGACUUUUGGCUCUCAUAAAUAUAUGCAAGACCAGCAUAAAGGUACAUAUAUCAACACUGACCAAAUUACUAAAUUUUGAAAAUGAUAAACAGUGCUUAGAAUUUUUGAACGAGGUAAACACGAUUAUAAGUAAUAACGAAGUUCACAGCAAAUCCUCUUUAGUUAAUCUUUUGAAAUCACCCCUGUUGAAAAAUAAAUACAUUAAUCAUAUAAGAUGA